GAGACCCGGCGCGAUGGCCGAUAGCGAUCCGGACUUCGUGCUCCGCUAUUUGGCCGAGGUGGAGGCGCUGGCCGAGGAGGUGAUGGCCACCAGGCAGCAGAUUUUCGAUCUGAAUCAGAAACGGAACCAGAACCGGGAAGCCUUAAGAGCCCUGAGUAAGGACAUGGAUUCUGCUGACAAAGCCACGGUUUGCUUCGGGACCAUGUUCAUCCAGCUUCCGAAAACGAAGACCCGGGAGAUGCUACAGAGAGAUCAAGAGCUGUUGGAGGAAGAAAUUGCCAAAUUGCAGGAGGAACUCAAAGGGAAAGUCAGCCACCUCAUGGAGGCCCAAGGUAAACCAGAACUGAAAGGCUACAACCUGAAACCCUUGACCGCCGAAGAAAUGUGGUUCAUGAAGAAAGUGGUGGACAACUGAAGCCGUCCUCCCCCCCCGUGUGGAUUUUGGCGUGGGCAACCCGCGCCGGAGAGCUGCUUCCCGCGCUCCUGGCGGAGAAAACCGGGUAUUUGCCGAGCGGUUGAGCCUUUCACGGGCGUCUUUUAUGCCCCUCUCUUAAAACUAGCGAGCUGCCUCCAGAUGUGGCCCAGACGUCGUUGACACUGUACGGACAGGUGACAGACAUUUGAGGAGGGAGUUCCUCGAGGUCAGAAUUUUGCCCUUUUGAGGUUGGAUAUCGAAUGCAAAUGAUUGACAGUGAGGCUGGAGGACUUCACAUUGAUCUGGUUUCCGUGCACCGGGCCCGGGUGACGAUCAAUUGAGUGAGGCUCCCACAUCCGUUGGGAGAAGGGUGGAAAAUCACCUCUGCUUCGUUUUGGUCGUGUGGUUGUGUUUGUGUACCCACAACCAUUGUCUGAAUUAAAACUCUUUGGAGAUGAAGGGACCGCCUCUCCCCCAUUUCAUCCCUGGGGAGAUGCUCUCUCUUUACACAUUGUA